UCUCCCCUAAUCCCCAUAUCCCUAACCCUAAUCUGCGAUUUCAGCUUUUCAACUCUGAAAUGGGCACCGAGGAACCGGCUGUUGUGAUCGAGACUAUAAUUGAGGCGGCGGAGCAGCAGAUCGAGGCUGAGCCAAUCAAGGAGGAGUUGGAGAAUCCUCCAGCGAAGUCAAUGAAGUCGAAGAAAGCGAAGGAGCCUAAGGUGAAGAAGCCGUCUGCUCCCAGGAAGAGGAGCCCUCCUAGUCAUCCACCUUACUUUGAGAUGGUCCAUGAGGCGAUCGUCACUCUAAAGGAGAUGACUGGAUCGAGUCAGUAA